ACGUCAACAGAAAUCACAAACGAAUUUCAGUUUUUUAUGAUGGUUGACGAUAAAAUUCCGAAUGAUAAUAAGAUGAGAAAAAUGACUCUAUCCAUCCGAGUCGAAGGUAUGAAACAAUAUGGAGAAUGGGAAAUCGGCGAGGUUCUUGAGAAGGUGCUCUCUGUGAAAGGUCAAAGUCUAGACGAUGUUCCCCAAUUCGAUAUAGAUAAAUUAGGUGAACCAAACCCAGAUUCUGAAGAAGACGCGAUCAACAUACUCGUUGGUGAGCUUACGAAAAAGUUGAAGAGCUUCCAAUCAAUUAAACGGAAUGAAUCUACAGCUCGAGAAUUUAUCUCCCCCUUCUUGACAACAGCCGUAAGUUUGGUCCGAGAUGAGGAAGACACCCUUAUACUCAAGUCUGAAGAACCUCUUCAUGGAAGCCGUGCGUAUGGCAUACUAGAUUACUGUAUCUAUGCUAGGGAUGCAGUAAUUUUGGUCAGUGAAGCUCAAAAUGAACAAUUCAAUAAAGGGGUUGCUCAAAAUGUCAUGCAGAUGCUCAGCGCUGUGGAAAAUUUAAAAAGAAAACGCAUGAUAGAUGAUGUAGAUGAAGGCCAAGAAGUUCCUGUCGUCAUGUAUGGCAUAGUGACAAAUGCAUUGUCUUGGUAUUUUUUUCGGUGGGGUGGUGAUGAGAAAAAUCCUUCAUUAGAGCGCUCUGUUGAGGUGCAUUGUGAAUUUGAGCUCCCAGACAUGGGAUCAGCAAAGCGGAUCCUUCGAAUUAUUAUGCGUAUUCUUCAAGACCAAAUUCAUGGUCUGAAGAACAGCAGUGAAC